AAAGAAGUUAAAUUAAUGCACAGACAACUCGGUGUAAAUGUUUUACUUGUAAAAAUAUAAUUAAGGUAAAUUAUAACUUACCUAAGUACAAUAAUGUCAAACGUAGUCAAACCCGCCGAUCGUUACGCUGGACUCGACACAAGAUUUUGGGCCGACAUCGUGCACAUGGCCGAAGUGAAUAAAGCAAUUAAUCUAGGUAUGGGAAUGCCGGACUUUAAUGCACAGCCCCAGUCUAUUAUGGACGCCAUGUGUGAUGUGUUAGUCGAUGGCCACUAUUCGCUACAUCAAUACACAAAGAGUUCGGGUCAUCCGAGAUUAGUAAAAGUGUUGGCCAAACUAUACUCACACCUAUUGAACAACGAGGUGAAAGAUGACAACAUCCUGAUAACGCUGGGCGCCUAUCAGGCCAUACACUGCGCGCUGUACGGCCUAAUUAACCAUGGUGAUGAGGUGAUUAUAAUUGAUCCGGCCUACGAUGCCUAUGCCACGAUUACUAGGGCUGCUGGUGGUGUACCCGUGCAUACGGCACUCAAACGUACCGAUACCUAUAGAAAUGAAAAUAAUAAUGAUAUUACCGGUGCUGAUGCCUUGAUGCCGGGUAUGUACGAGCGCACAGUAACCAUCGGCAGUCUGGGCAAGGCGUUCAACGUGACCGGUUGGCGGUGCGGUUGGGCCAUCACUGGGCACCCGGGCAUUAGACACGCGCUAUCACUGGCCCAUGUGGUCAGCGUAUACUGUUGUCCCACACCUAUUCAAGAGGCAGCAGCUAGGGUGUUUGAAAUUGAGCUUGAUAAACUCCAGCUCAAUCACGUGGACUGUAUGUAUUGGACACAACUGUGCGCACUGAUGGGCAAAAAGCGGACACUAAUGUAUGACAUGUUGACCGACAUGGGUUUGAAGCCAAUGAUGCCCGAAGGGAGCUAUUAUAUGGUGGCUGACUGUCAAGCCCUCAUAGAUAGACUGGAUUUAACCGCAUAUUACGAUAAGAGGGGCAAAACGUUUGAGUUUGUCCGGUGGCUGUCCGCACGGGGCGUACAGGCGGUGCCGUUGACUGUGUUUUACAGUACGGAUAAUAAGCAAUUGGGCGAAGGUAUCACUAAUGAGCUUGGUGCUAAUAAAGGGUUUUAUUUGGGUCGUUAG